GUUUCGUUUGGAUGCCACGGACAUCACCGAACCGGUGAUGGCUUUCUGCCGCAUCUUAGAUGACGCCGAUUGCGACAUGCACUUCUACCGUUCAUCCUCCGGCAAGCCAGCGCACAUCCAAACCCCGGACAACCACACCAUCGUCCUGCCCCGGUUUGGGUCCCGGUUUUACAUGCCGUUUGAGGAUCGAACAAGCAGUGCUGCGCGGCCCGCCUUCGUUGCAGCACAGCGCAACGAGGAUGAUGCGUCCGCCGCUCCCGCUGAAGAAUCAGCUCCGGAGGAUGGCAACAUCGACGUCGACUUGGAUGGCCAACCUGCGUCACCUCAACCACGUCAUCUUCCUGCACCCGCUGCGCUUACAGAUGACAAGCGAGCAUUGCACAACCUAACCCAUGCGGAUUUCGCACCAUGGUGCCGCCAUUGCAUUACUGGCAAGGGGCCCGAGUCUGGACACCAUCGGCAGGUCAAGAACACAGAUGCUGAGGUGCCAGUCUUGCAGUUUGAUUAUCAAUUUUUCAGCCGUGACGGGCAACUCGUCGAAGAAGAAAGCCGUACAGCUACAGUCCUUACGGCCACUGACACUUCUUCUGGAUGGCCUCUCAUGGUGUUCGUGCCUGAAAAAGGCCCAAGUUCUUACGUCAUCAAGGCCAUAGUGUCAUGGAUAAAGCGUUUGGGGUAUGCCAAAGCAGCGCCACGUUACAGCCAUGCAGACCAGGGCAGUGCAGAAAACACGAACCGGUUGAUGGCUGGAAUGCUGCGCACAUGGCUUUCUGCAUUGAACGCAGACUUUCCCCAUCCGCAAGAGCCCAUAGACAUCAAUCACCCAAUAGUUCCUUGGUUGUGUCGUUGGUGUGCAUUCGUGUGGGCUCGGUACCAUGUCAAGGCCGACAAGCUCACACCAUUCCGCAUUGUGACAGGCCGAGAGUACAAGACUCCAAUCGUCCAGUUUGGCGAAGUCGUGCUAGCCAAGGAUCCCAACGUUAAGGCCAUUAGCAAAGCUAAACCACGUUGGUUUAAGGGUGUGUUCGUAGGGCGUCUCGAACUGGAUGAUUCCGCAGUUGUGUUGACGGAUGCAGGUGCCGUCACCGUGCGAACCAUACGACGAUUACCAGCAGACGAUCAGCAUGACGUCAGCUUUCUUGAUGCGGCAUGUGGUUUGCCUUGGGCACCUGCAGGCAAACGUGCCAAGGUCCGAGCUGAAACCAGUCACGUGAUUGCCGUGCCAGCUCCAGUAGCUGCACCUCCGGAUCAACCUGCAGCGCCAUGUCCCGCACAGCAGGAUGAGAGAUCCGAGCUUCUGUUGCCGCGUCCACCUGUCACGCCGGGUGUUGAUCCCCAAGCAGUUCAUCACGACAUUCCUUCCCCAGGAACGCCUUUGUCGGAAGCACGCGGUAUGACCCCAGACAGCUCGCAUCGCAUGACGAUGACUCCCCCGACGCCGCCGUCGCCAUUUGCAGAAGAGGUGCCAAGGCCAGCGUCCCCUUUUCGAGGUUCCGGGUCCAUGCAAGUUGACCGUGAGGUGGCAACACCCACAGGCAUCAAUGCCGUCCCUUUGCCACGUCCAGCUGCAAGUGUCGAGAAACGUUCGGCGCCUGCAGCGUCAGAGCCUGCAGCUGCAACCGCAGAGUCGUCACCCAAAGUCCCGAAAGUAGGCAGCAUUACUUGUGCAUUGCAGCAGAUCCAAGACUGGGCACGCGAUGGCCAAUGGGAGCAGAAAAUAUCGUCCGUGCUUGAUUUGCUUGACACUCGGUUAGACCCUCGUGAAGUCGAGAAAGCCAGGGACAUUCAGAUGGCAACGCUAAUCGAAAAGGAUUUCGCUAAACCAAGGUUGAAAGCAGACAUGCCGCGGAAAGCGAAACUUUUCAAUUUCAAAUGGGUCGAUGAAAUCAAACGUGGAGUGUAUCGUUCGCGCUUCACAUGUGCAGACAUAAAGAAAAAGUACUCCAAAGAAGAACUCGCCGAAGAAACCAACACGUUUGCACCAACUCCGUACGAAGAAUCUCACAUUCUUCUCGAGCUCAAAUGCCUCCGUAAUGGGUGGCACUCCCGCUCCGGAGACGUCAGAUGUGCGUAUCUCUUAGGCGCAGAUUCAGGUGACAGUAACGGUCAACCAGUGUUCAUGCGCAUGCCUCCCGAAUACCUGCCGCAUUUCUACGCUUGGUUGGAUGCCCAAGACUUCGAAACCAAAGCAUUGUACAUGUCGGUAGAUCCGUUGAAAGACGUGGUUUUGGAACUUGUAGGAAACCUGUAUGGCAGCUUGAUCAAUGUCGCCGGCACUGUCGUCAUCGCUCACCCGCAGACGCAGCCGGGCACUCCCGCCUCGUCUUCCGGUGAAGCGGAGACCCGCGCAUUGAGCCGAGGGGCGCGUGACAUCAUGUUCAUCAAACAGUUGGCCGAGGAGGAUUUCCGCUUGAAGCUAGGCCAACCUCGGUUGUGGACAGAUGCAACCACGGCACUCCAGACCGCCAAGCGUUUAGGUGCCGGAAGCAAGAUGCGCCACAUCGAGCUUGCAGCCUUGUAUGUCCAAGAACUGGUCCAUCAGAAAUCAGUCAAA